AUGAAUAAGAAAGAUUGUGGGAUUAAACGCAAAAGCACUAUUGCAGUGUUUGAGCAUGUUGUGGAGAAAGAAAAACCGAAAAAGAGUAAAAAAUUUAGAACAAAUAGGUUUUUGGAGGAUGACUCGCCAUCUGAAUCCGAAUUGGUUAUUGAUGACAGACCAGCAAGAAAGAAAAAUACAGCUGCUAUUAAAUUGUCAGAGGAACCAUUGGCUUUAAUUUGCGAAUGGGAUGAUUGUAAAAAAGUUAUUAAAAAUCAAAGGGAGUUUGAGGAUCAUUUAAUGCAGCACUGUCAGAAGGUUUUGGAUUCUCCAUAUGAUGAUACGGUCGAUUGCCUUUGGAAGGACUGUUCUUCCCCAGGCUUGCCGCCCCAAACGCUACGUCGCCACACGUCUUAUCACGGUUACCUGACGAAAUUGGCCAACAUAGGCUCCAACGUUUUGAAACGAACCAACUUACCGAACUGCGCCGAUAUAAAUGUGGCCACCGAAUUUCCCAUACCUUCCCAAGGGUACACAUGCGAGUGGGAGGAUUGCCCGUUCAAACAUUUUGAAACGGUUUUUCAGUUUUACGAUCACAUGAAUUUACACGUAAAAAAUAAUCCUAGGGUGGCUAAAAAGGCCGAAGUCAUACAGUGUUUUUGGAAAGGUUGUAAUAACAAGUACCCAAAUCAGUAUAAACUUGCUGAACAUUUACGGGCGCACACGAAAGAGAAAACUGUGGCUUGUCCAGCAUGCCUCACCAUUUUUUCCUCCAAAACAAAAUUUAGGGACCACAGGAAAAGACAACUUUCAACUGACUUACAAAGUUAUCAGUGCGCUCAAUGCCUUAAACUAUUCGCCAGCGAAAGACUACUAAGAGAUCACAUGAGGUCGCAUAUAAACCACUACAAGUGCACAAUGUGCGACAUGACCUGUCCAAAACCUUCAAACUUGGCAAAGCAUAUCAGGACAAAGCACAUUCAAUUCAAGGCCUUCAAAUGCGAUAAGUGCGAUAAAUCGUUCAUUUCGCGAUGCAACCUAAGAACGCACAUUUUGGUCCACACCAAGUACAGGUUCCCAUGUUCAGAGUGUGAUUUUAGGUGUAAAAGUUUGUAUGGCCUCAGCAGGCAUCUGGCCCAAAAACACAACCUGAAAUCGAUGGUCUACGAGUGUCACAACUGCAAAGAAAGAUUCAAUCGCGGCGGACACCUGACAAAGCACUUGAUGAAAAAGCACAACUAUCACUGGCCGUCCGGUCACUCUAGAUUCAAGUACAGGCAGGACCAGGACGGGAUCUUUCGACUGCAAACGGUGAGAUACGAAAGUUUGGAGGUCACCGAGGAAAUGAUUCGCAGCGAGACGAUGCAAGGGUCCGCCGUACCGCCAACGCUGAACUACAACAUCCAGUACGCCGAGAACAACGAGACCUACGUGAUGUCCACGGCAAUCCAAGAUAUCCCGAAAGUGCAGUCCAUGGACACGAACAGUACCAACCACAGCGUCCUGAUAACGAUCGAAGACGUCGAUGAGGACGGCAACGUGCUCAAUUCCGAGGUCGUUCACUCCAACGAGUUGGUGCUCGCCAAUCAGGAAAGCAAGAUCACGAUUGUCGAGCACCCGCUCGAUAACAACCAGGACGGUUUAAAAGAAUUGGGCGAGUUCAUUGUUAUAAAGAAUAACGCUAAAGACUCGAGGAAGAAGAAGGGAAAAGUAAGUAGGCCGCGGAAGGCGAAAUGUAAUAAGAAGGCUACCGAAACUAAAGAUGAAAAAAGUGAUAAAAGUGAAGAUAUACAUUAUUUUUCCAAAGAUAUUAUUGAGAACUAUGAUAAGUUUAAGAUUGUUACUUCAUCUUCAUAG